GGAAACUAAAAACGCGUCUCAAAGAAAAAAAAAUCUGGACUAGGCCUGCACAUGAGAAAUCAGGAUAGUUGUUACGGCCCUCAGUUUGUCUCAGAGUCUAUUUCCCUCGUUAUCAUCUUCUACGCAUAUGUAAUUGCUCGUUUCUUGUCAGCCAAGUGGCCACGGAAAGACCUACAAGAAUAUUAACCUUUUUUUUUGUGUAGUGGUCAACACAAAAAGUUUAUUUUGUCGCGUGUCCCACGUCGUUCUUUCAUCCCAUCACUGUUCAUUUCACAUUCUUUCCGCCAUGUCGAUGACAUCCUUUUUUGACAAUUCCUUGCUCAGGAACUACCUAACUGAGUACCUGACUCAGAAGGACAUCGCUAUGUGUGUUCUCGUAUCAAAAACAUGGUAUCAUUGGUUUACACCCAGUUUCUGGAGCCAUGUGCACUAUGUCCCAAGUCUACUGAUGCCCAUUCAGGUACAAGGGUAUCUACCCAUGUAUCACCCAGAACGAGCCGCCGCCAUCCUGCGCCAUCACCAAUACACCCGAACUUUGUCAACCAUCACGACUCAAAUCCUUUCUACUCCAACGGAUGGCUGCUCGUUUCCUCGUCUCCAAAAACUUUAUGUGAUUUUACUAAACCCUGGCACCUCAGAAGAAGAGCUCCUGUAUGAGUUUAUUGACAAUUCGCCUGUGCUCGAUACACUACACCUCUUCCAUGGUCUAGUCACAGAUGGUAUUCAAUAUCAACUACCACGGACCUUGCAAACCCACCCAAGUUUGUCAAGCCUCACUCUAACGAUCUCACAGGCAGUAGAAAUACCAUUUCUAGCUCAGCUGGUGCAGCAUUGUCUUCGAUGCACCGUCCUUGACCUUGAGGCUCUUCACAUUUCGCGAUAUAACGGCGAUGUAAAAAUGCUCAUGAGUAGUAAUGAUAAUAUAGCAGUUCAUAAUGGACUGGGGUCAGGAAAAGAAUCACAAGAAGAGGAUCGAACAUCACUACUGGAUUCAACGCAAUUACCACCAACAAAGCAAUCUCGGAUCCGGAACUUGAGCCUCAGGCUCUCUGAGCACUGUCAAGAAUUACCAAUUUGGAUCUGGCUAUUAGAACGAUCCUCGUCACUGGAAACAUUGUCCAUACGAGCAGACAUCAUAUCAAACGACGCAUUCGACCAAAUAGCCGUACUAUUCAGGGCUGACAAAUGUUCUUCUCUUCAACAUCUAAAGUUGCAAGACCGUAUCAAACACUACAAGAUUUAUGACUUCAUACGAUCUCUUGGUACUGACAAACAUGCGGGCGCAAGCACUCUCGUCAGUAGUCAAAACAAAGCCAUAGCGGCAAAACAGGCAAAUAAGGGACUUGUAUCUUUCAUGGACUCUUCUUUGGUUAGACAACGGGCAUAUCUCCUGGCUCUGGGCCAAUACCAUGCCAAAACGUUAACAUCUCUCAUACUUUCGAUUUUCCGUAACUGUAUUGAGCUGACAUUGCUCUCCGAUCUUCUGAACCAACUCCCAAACCUACUGGUCCUUAAUUGUUUUACAAGCAACAACAUUGUGGAUCAAGAUUAUAUCAAUAGCAGGAAGUCUGUCGUUUCUCAAGGCUCUAAUGAAACUAAUGACAGGAGCAAUCUUGAGCUAUCAUCGCCACAGUUGCUGGCACCAUGGUCUUGCCUUGGGUUAAAGCAGCUAAUAUUACGCUUAGUGACGAUGGUAGAGGAUGUAGAGCUAUUAAUUGAUCAAAGUAACACUGAUUCAAAUAUAAUUAAGGAUAGACGUCUGAAUCAGUUAUUCCAGCAGAUCGGUAGGCUGAGGAGUCUUGAGAGCUUCCGGCUGGAUUCGCCAUCGGACCUACUGCUUUUAGAAGAAACGAACAGUAACCUUACUUACAACAGCAAUGACAGUAACAGAAGCGGCGGUAGAAGGCGAGUUCUUGGUUGGUUGAGUGAGCUGAAACGGUUAAAAUGGGUGGAUUUAGCCAAUUGUCCCAAUGAUAAGAUAGGCUUACGAGAGGCACAAUGGAUGUUGAAUUAUUGGAAAGGCCUUAGGGGUUUGACGAUACAGCCUUUGCAAGCUGGAGACCGACUUGUAAAAAUUAAAGAGUUUCUGCAACAACAAAAGCCAUGGAUGACAUUUGAUAGUAGGAUGAAGUACUAAAGCAACUGGUGAAAGGGGGGG